AGACCCCAAAGAUCUACGGGAGAGAUUGGUGCGCUAAUCUUUUCCAUAAUAUCAUAAUCAACUGGACUGGACGACUGGUUAGCAAAACUUAGUAGCUGCUCAAAUUUAUUACACGUUUUCUUCCUUGUCCGACCAAGAAACGACAGCUGGUCCACCUUUGAUCUCCCCCGAUCAAACACUUGGCGAGUCUCGACGAGAUCGCUGCUUCUUCUCUAUCUCCAAGGAUCUGCAAUCAGACAUACAUAUAUUCGAUGCGGCGUGGAUUCAAUUAUAGGGUUUCACUUUUGUUAUUUCUCUCUUACAUCACCUGCUUUCGUGAAGUUGUGUCGACAGCGGUUGUUACACUUCAGUCAGUCGAAAUUUUUACCACACAUGAGUUUAUAGGAUCAGACCCGACAGUUUACUUUAAUUGUAAAGGGGAGGAGAAGAUAAUUUUGCCUGAUUUGAAGAAAGCACAUGUCUUAUAUGCUUAUAAGGGUCAGGAAUCUUGGCAGCCACUGACAGAAUUUCCAAGUAAUAAAUGCAAGCGAUGUGGAUUUUAUGCAAAGCACACCAUAAAAUCUGAUGAUGUGUUUAGUGAGUGGGAAUUCUGUCCUAGUGACUUUACAAGACCUGAUGGCAAGUAUAUCUACUCGAUUGACAAUGAAGUGAAUGCCACAUUCAUAUGCGAAGAAUGUGUGCCACAUCCACAUAUAGCUGAUCCAGACCAAGCUUCAAAAUCAAAGGAUGGAGGACAUGGACUGCACUGGGUCAUCGUGGCACUGAUUAGUAUUUUAGCAUCAAUACUCGUGAUUUUUGGGCUAGCUGCGGCAUACAAAUUUUGGCAGAAAAAGAAGAGGCAAAAAGAGCAGGCACGAUUUCUCAAAUUGUUUGAAGAUACUGAUGAUAUUGAAGACGAAUUAGGCAUUGGGCCCCUUGGUGGCUCUGUUUGAUAAUUUUUUCUGUCAUCAUUAACAUCAACAAUCUAACAAAACAACUACAUAUGGUACAUUUAUAUGUGUAACUUCUUGUUUGAAAGAGAUAAAUAUAUAAAGGUUUUCAUGGAA